AUGGGGCUAGCCAGUUGUUCCUGCUGGUCAGGUGCCCUUGCAGUUCUGGAAAUGUGCCUCUCUAGCCAGGAGGCCGGACUCAGUGUAAGCAGCUCUGGAUACCACUAUGUGGCGCUCUUUUGCUCCUUAAAGGUUUUCAGCCUGGAUGGGCAGAAUGAAAAUGGCGGCGCCCUGAUGUCUAGCCCAGGAGUUGAAACUAUGUGCCCCCCACUCUUCAGUGGGAGACUCUCUCCUAAGCAUGCCCCAGAUAUUCCUGAUGACAGCACUGACAACAUCACCAUAUUCACCAGAAUUUUAGACCGUCUUCUGGAUGGCUAUGAUAACCGACUACGACCUGGGCUUGGAGAUGCAGUGACUGAAGUGAAGACGGACAUCUAUGUGACCAGUUUUGGCCCCGUGUCAGACACUGACAUGGAGUACACCAUUGAUGUAUUUUUUCGACAGACAUGGCAUGAUGAAAGACUGAAAUUUGAUGGACCCAUGAAGAUCCUUCCACUGAACAAUCUCCUGGCUAGUAAGAUCUGGACCCCUGACACCUUCUUUCACAAUGGCAAGAAAUCAGUAGCCCAUAACAUGACCACACCUAACAAGCUGCUCAGACUGGUGGACAAUGGAACCCUCCUCUACACAAUGAGGUUAACAAUUCAUGCUGAGUGCCCCAUGCAUUUGGAAGAUUUUCCUAUGGAUGUGCAUGCCUGCCCACUGAAGUUUGGAAGCUAUGCCUAUACAACAGCUGAAGUGGUUUAUUCUUGGACUCUUGGGAAGAACAAAUCUGUGGAAGUAGCACAGGAUGGCUCCCGCCUGAAUCAGUAUGACCUGCUGGGCCAUGUUGUUGGGACAGAGAUAAUCCGGUCUAGUACAGGAGAAUAUGUCGUCAUGACAACCCACUUCCAUCUCAAGCGAAAAAUUGGCUAUUUUGUGAUCCAGACCUACUUGCCAUGUAUUAUGACUGUCAUUCUGUCACAAGUGUCUUUCUGGCUCAACAGAGAGUCUGUCCCUGCCCGUACGGUCUUUGGUGUCACCACUGUUCUCACCAUGACCACCUUGAGUAUCAGUGCCAGAAACUCCUUACCUAAAGUGGCAUAUGCGACGGCCAUGGAUUGGUUCAUAGCCGUCUGUUAUGCCUUUGUAUUUUCUGCGCUGAUUGAAUUUGCCACUGUUAACUACUUCACCAAGCGGAGUUGGGCUUGGGAAGGCAAGAAGGUGCCAGAGGCCCUGGAGAUGAAGAAGAAAACACCAGCAGCCCCAACAAAGAAAACCAGCACCACCUUCAACAUCGUGGGGACCACCUAUCCCAUCAAUCUGGCCAAGGACACUGAGUUCUCCACUAUCUCCAAGGGCGCUGCUCCCAGUGCCUCCUCAACCCCAACAAUUAUUGCUUCACCCAAGACCAACUACGUGCAGGACAUCCCAACUGAGACCAAGACCUACAACAGUGUCAGCAAGGUUGACAAAAUUUCCCGCAUCAUCUUUCCUGUGCUUUUUGCCAUUUUUAAUCUGGUCUACUGGGCCACCUAUGUCAACCGGGAGUCAGCUAUCAAGGGCAUGAUCCGCAAACACUAGAUAGUGGUGAUGCAGCAACCAGAGCACUGUAUACCCUAGGAAGCAUCCAGGCCCCCAAACCCCAGGGAUCCCCUUUCUGUAUUUCAGGAUUCUUCUUUUUAACUCUCUACCAAGCUGUGACUCUCAAUUCAUAUUUAUGAAUCUCAUGAAAAAAAUAAUAACAGAAAAAUUUCUUGUCCCUCUGACAUUGCUGAGUGUACCCUCAUCAGAGCCAAACACUGCCAUUUGCUCAGUUGCUCAUCUUAGUCUGUCAGUCUCCCCCAGCUGAGGGCACUGCAUGUAUUUUAUUGCACUCUGCCCACUGCAAAAAGAACAGGAGACUCAACUACUUGUAGUGGGAAAUUUGGCUAUUUGAGUGGUCCAGACCAAGAAGGAUUUUUGACUGGUCCAGAUCAGAUGAUUCUGACUCGUUCACGAGCCAGGCUAUCCCAUAUGGUCUUGGCCUGCUAUUUCCUUUACCCACAGCUGGGCCCACUAUGCAAAAGUACUGCUAGCAAAGGCAGGAGCCAGUGCUAACCUCUAAACCUGGCCCCAGCCUCUUUAUUGGCUUGGAGGUUAGUGGGGACUGUUGAAGCUCACUAAUGUCAAUGAUAUAUAGCCCAAACAGAACCAAUUAGGCCAGCCUGGCCCCAAGAUGGCUGAUGCUCUGCCAUGUUCAGCUGCUCAGGAAAAUAGUAUCUUCUUUGGUAUAUCUCUCCUUCAGAAAAGCCCUUUGACCCUCCCUUGUCAGCUGGACACUGCUUAGUUUGGACUCAUUACUGUCUGCAAAUUCUUCAGGAAAAGGAUCAAGUAUUUUUGUAAUUUAUAUUAAAAAGGGACAAACAGAAACAAAAAGAUCUAGAUCAAAUGCCUACACAAUAUCUUUUUAAAAAUUGGGUAGGAAAGUCACCUCCCUGCCAAGGCAACUAGUCAAAUACUGGAUGAGGCAAGAGAUUUGGGCUGGGUGGUAAAAGCUUAAAGUCUGGCUCUAAAGAGAGGGCCACUGGCAGGUGAAAGUCCAGUUAUCCCUUCCAUGCCCUCCACACCCUAAAUGCUAGCCCAGGC